AUGUUCAUUAAUUUUAAUAUUGUUUUAUGUAUUUUGAUUUGUGUGUGCCCCGAUUUAUUUUUUGGUUUUAAAUGUGUAAAUUUCCAAAUUUUCUCUUACUGUUUGGGUCUCAGGAGUUCUGGGACUUUGUUAAAUAGUAACAUUUUAUCGUAUAUUAAUAAAUCGCAUAAUAAAUUCAAACCGUUUGGCUUGAAGGUUAAAUUCGGAGAUGAAAUUAAGAAGAUUGAUUUCCCAAUUGAACGCGAAGCACCUUUAAAAAACGUUCCAAUUCCACCAUGGGCGAUAGAGUUUACUGGUAAAAAAGAGCCUGAAGAGCCUUACGUGCCAAAGCAUUUCACACAAAAGGAAAUUGAGUCUGGAAUAGAAGAAUUCAAUGUUGAAACUAGAAAAAGAUCAAAGACUGAACAUAUACAAAUUACAGACUGUGGAAUUAAGAGUUAUGGAUUCAAGUUUAAACAGAUUCAACCAGUUCGUCACCAUAAUGGGAAGGCGUUUACAUUUUUCUACAUCCAUUCACUCCAUACUGACGUUAUUCCAGUGCUCCUUAACAGCCUCAGACGAGUUGCAAAGCGUCACCUCGGCUCAGGCCGCAUCACUGCUCUUAGGAUCCCUGGCAUGGAGAACGAGUUCUACUCAGUUGUUGGACUACGAGAAGACUUCUUUGAGCUUGUUAGGAACCUUCGUGGCGUUAUUUUCAAAAACGUACCCAAAACCGCUACUUUCCACAGGCCUGUUAUUGCUACUUUAAGGCUUAAAGGACCAAUUAUAGCCGUGGCAGGACAUUUAAAAUUUGAUAAUAAACGUUCAACCAAAACAGCUAGUGAUAUUGAUAAUAAAACUGAAAAUAAGAAUGAUAACACCGAUACCAAAGCUGACAACGAGGAAGGUGUAAUAAAUGACUAUGUGUAUGAUAAAAAAUACACUGGUGAGAUAGAGGUGAUAAACAAGAAUCACUACAUUUGCUCACUUUCUCAGGGCUGCUACUUAACUAUGGACGUCAAGAUUGAAUACAUCUCCAACUAUGUGAUUCCAGAGUUCGGGCCUGAGUCGUUGAACCGCGAUAUAACGCCCGAUGGCUUCAUCCAUUUCUGCUCCAGUUGUAAUCCAGUGGAAAUCUUUGGCUUCACUGGAGAGCGUCGUGGACUCGACGAACAGAGCACAAGCGAGAUUGUGUCCCUCGAGUUACACACUGACGGCUCAGCUACUCCCAGAGUAGCUCUACUCAGAAGUGCAACCUUCCUUCUCAACUGGUUCGACCGAACACUCUACGCCUUGAGGACCAAUUUAACUCGAGACUACUACGCUCUUAAGAAAGUCAAUACCUUCAACACCUCACAACUUAUACAUAAUCCUGAACUAAAUCGCAACUUACCUUGGAAUCCUUUCUUGUCGCCCGAAGAAAGAGUUGCACACAGACUCAAGUGGUUCUACAGAAAAGAUGUGAAACGCCAAUACGCCAUAGACCCUGAGUCGAAGAUGGCUAAGGAGGAACAGCUGGCAGAGUGGAACAGAGUUUUAGAGAAGCAUUUGUCGUACGAGCGGAGAAUCCCUCCAAUACUGAGCGACGACGAGGCGGACUUUGAGAACGAUAUUUUGGUCAAAGACUUUCAAGAGCAGAAGAAAAGGGAUGAAAACCCACCCGACUGGAUCUUUAAGGACCCUGCUGGCGUUGGAAACAUUGGUCAGCAGAAAAUUCUUGGGGCUGAUAACGAGCCUGGUUUGAUUCCAGAGGAGCAACUUGACUUAUAUUCAAGACUUGAAUAG